CGCGGGCUUGCACCUAGUGAUUGGUGUCCGUCUAACGAACCGCAUCGAAUCGUGCGUGCAGUGUGUUGGUUUUCGUGUUAGUUUAAAUUCGAUUUCUUCGCGGGUUUAAGUGUUUAUUUUUCAAGCAUCCAAAGAAUUGCCGCUAUGGAAUUAAAGGUAUUAGCGGUUACGUUGUUGUUGGCCGUGAGCUGCAGCUGUCAAUACGAGGCAGAAAGUCAUCAACACGAUGAUGGGUGCUCUCAUCCACCGAAAUACGGACCUAGCAAAUCUGAUUACACCCAGAGUCUAGUAUCUUACGCUCCGGCACCCAAACCAGUUUACUUCAAGCCCAGCUAUGAAGCAGCAAGCUAUUCAGCCCCUAGCUAUUCGGCUGCCAGCUACUCUGCACCUAGCUACUCGGCUGCCAGUUACUCAGCUCCGAGCUACUCAGCUCCGAGUUACGCAGUUCCUGACCCGAGCUAUGCGUCGCCAAGUACCCCGAAAUACUCUUCACCGAGCUACACCAACAACUACAAGCCAGCAAAGGCUUCGUACUCUGCCCCAGCAUACAAACCAGCAGUGUACUCCACACCCAAAUACGAAGCUCCAAAAUAUGUUUCUAGUACCACAGAGUACACACCACAUGAAUACAAAGCCGAUUACAAACCAGCUGCACCAUACUCAGUGACCACCCCGAAAUGUGAAGACGCUUCUCAACACGAGUACACCACCCCGGCACCAUCUUACUCAUACUCUUCAGCACCAAAUUCGUACGUCAGUAAACCUGCCUACUCCCCAGCACCUGCAGCAUACUCCGCAUCCAGCUACUCGACUGCCGCUCCCAGCUACGCUGUACCCAACCCAUCUUACUCUUCAGCACCUUCAAGCUACUCCAAACCUAAAUACUCAUCAUCCAGCUACUCGUCGUCCAGCUACUCUACACCCGCCCCAAGCUACGGCGUACCCAGCCAAUCUUACUCACCAGCACCAGCCAGCUACUCUCAGCCAAAAUACUCUGCACCCAGCUACUCCUCGUCGAGCUACUCGUCGUCCAGUUACUCCAGACCAGCCCCAAGCUACGCCGUUCCCGAACCAGUAUACGCCUCACCAUCUGCACCAAAAUACUCUCCACCCAGCUACUCCACACCAGCCCCAAGCUACGCCGUUCCCGAACCAGUGUACGCCUCACCGUCUGCACCAAAAUACUCUUCACCCAGCUACUCCACACCAGCCCCAAGCUACGCCGUACCCGAACCAGUGUACGCUUCUCCGUCUGCACCAAAAUACUCCCCGGUCAGCUAUUCCACACCAGCCCCAAGCUAUGCCGUUCCCGAACCAGUGUACGCUUCUCCGUCUGCACCAAAAUACUCUGCCCCCGCACCCAAAUACCAAUCUUCGAGCUACAACUCGUACUCGAGCAGCAGCUACAAGGCCGCCAAACCCGAAUACUCUGCACCAGCACAGAAGGCCAUAGCUUACUCCACGCCAUCAUCGUACGUCGCAGUGGCUCCACCAAAAUGUGACGAGCACGAGCAGGAAUAUGUUACCAAAGCUCCAUCAUACGACUCCAAACAAUCGUACGCACCAGCACCAGCAUAUUCGCCAGCCGCGUAUACAUCGUCGAAACAAUCUUAUUCGUCUGCCCCGAUCGCCGUGUACUCUGCUCCAGCUGCUUCUUACGGCCCAGCCCCCGAAUACUCAGCAGCUCCCAGCUACCCAUCUCCAUCGUACUCAGCUUCCCAGAGCUACCAGUCCGCAUCAUACUCUUCAGCCCCAAGCUACUCAUCACAGUCGUACGCCUCUGCACCUGCUCCAUCAUAUGGACCAGCUGCUCAGUCAUACGCACCGGCGGCCCCGUCAUACGAACCAGCAGCUCAAUCAUACGGCCCAGCAGCUCAAUCAUACGGCCCAGCAGCUCAAUCAUACGGCCCAGCAGCUCCCUCAUACGCUCCAGCAGCUCCCUCAUACGCUCCAGCCGCCCCAUCAUACGCUCCAGCAGCCCCGUCAUAUGCACCAGCUAAGACCUACGCAAGCUAUGUAACUCCACCAAAAACUGGACCAACCAAGAACGUCGUUAACACUCAUUUGGAAAAUUACGAUGAGAACCCAAGAUACGCCUACGAAUACAGCGUAGACGAUUCGUACACAGGUGACAAGAAGAGCCAAAAAGAAGAACGUGAUGGUGAAGUCGUGAAAGGAGAAUACAGCCUUGUCGAGCCUGACGGUUCCAUAAGGACUGUCACCUACUACGCCGACUGGGACAACGGAUUUUUCGCCAAUGUCUCCAAAACUCCAGCAGCAGGAGCUAAAUACUAAAUUUAAAUGUAUAAUUAAUUAAUGUUUUAACUCUUUUUUUUAUACGUUGGAUGUUACGAUAUAAAUAUGCAAAAAAAAACGUAAGUCCCAUCAUAGAAACAACCAUAAAACUCAUCAAUGCCAUAUUAUAUUACCCGAAUUUCGCGUAUAUAUUUUUAGACAUUAAAUUAAUAUAUUUUAUAUAUAUAUCGAGAUCAGUAAAAUUCAUUUGAAUCGAAAUAAAAAAUAAACGAUCUCACAACCACAUUGAAAAACGUAUCGAAAUUAAAUUUUCGUCGAUUUGUCAUACAUAAACAUCAAUAUUCUCAAAUUUUAAUUAUUUUAUUAAUUUAAAUUUAAACAAAAACUAUCUAAGAAUGAAACACGAUAAAUCAGCGAUAUUGUAUUAAGCUGUGUACAAAUAACUGCCGUCAUCGAUGGUUUCAUAACUCAUUUUUUCGAAAGCCCACAAUUAAACGCAUUAAACCAAUAAUAAUAAUUGUCUAAUUGUAUAAUAGAAUUAUGUUCUUCCUAGUUCUUUACCUAAUGCAAUUGUAUAUAUUCAUACUUUUCGAUGUAAAAUUUUUAUUAUUAUUUUAUUAUUUUUUUUUUUUAUUAUUAUUAUUAUGAUUAUCAAUCUUCGUGUACAAUCUUCAUUUAAUUUUUAUAUAUUAUUAUUUUAUGUACCAUGACGAUAGAAUAGGUUAAUAGUGAUUUUUGACUUAUAUAAAUGAAAACUUCGUAGUUACCAAUACACAA